AGCAGGAGUAACAUGGCGGCACAGUUAGCCAGCAGAAAUGUUGUUUCGCUGCCGCGAAGGUCAGAGCUGCUUCUCUUAAACGGGAUUUAACAGCGAGGACACAGCGGGAAGUAUUAAAACCAGGGAGAAGUGGAUCAUGCUUAAAGGUUUCCCAGCGUUACCAUCUUGCAGCAAUGGCCUGAGGGACUCUCUGGACUGAAACCAAGGCGCUGAUAUGCAUUGAUGAUGAGUGGAGUUGGUGAAAACUCAUCUGACCCUGCCAGGGCAGAGUCAAGAAAACGCAAAGAAUGUCCCGCUGAACUUCUAGGACCCAGUCCCAAGCGGAGCAACGAGAAGCGCAACCGCGAGCAUGAGAACAAAUACAUCGAAGAGCUCGCCGAGCUGAUCUUUGCCAACUUCAAUGACAUCGACAACUUCAAUGUCAAGCCUGAUAAAUGUGCAAUCCUGAAGGAAACUGUGAAACAAAUCAGACAAAUAAAGGAACAAGAAAAAGCUGCAGCAGCAAAUGAGGAGGAGGUACAGAAGGCUGAUGUUUCAUCAACAGGCCAAAGUGUGAUUGACAAAGAUGCCUUGGGACCAAUGAUGCUGGAGGCCCUGGAUGGCUUCUUCUUUGUGGUGAACAUGGAGGGUAACAUUGUGUUCGUGUCUGAGAAUGUGACCCAGUACCUGCGUUACAACCAGGAGGAGCUUAUGAACACCAGUGUCUACAGUGUGCUGCACGUCGGCGAUCACGCCGAGUUCAUCAAGAACCUGCUGCCCAAAUCCCUUGUUAAUGGCGUGCCGUGGUCCAGCGACGGUCCGAGGAGGAACAGUCACACGUUCAACUGCCGAAUGCUGGUCAAUCCCCACAGCGAGAACCAGGAUGAGACGCACGAGCAUGAGUCCCAGCAGCAGAAAUACGAGACCAUGCAAUGCUUUGCCGUUUCGGAGCCCAAGUCCAUCAAGGAGGAAGGAGAUGACUUCCAGUCGUGCCUGAUCUGUGUGGCUCGCAGGGUGCCCAUGAAGGAAAGACCCGUGCUCCCGACGCAUGAGAGCUUCACCACGCGCCAGGACCUGCAAGGUAAGAUUACAUCCCUGGAUACCAGUCUGCUGCGGGCAUCAAUGAAACCAGGCUGGGAGGAUCUGGUGAGGCGCUGCAUCCAGAGGUUCCACCUACAGAACGAUGGAGAGAUGUCUUUUGCGAAGAGGCAUCAGCAGGAAGUGCUCCGCCAUGGCCAAGCAUUCAGUCCCAUCUACCGGUUCUCCCUCUCGGACGGCACCAUCGUGUCGGCUCACACCAAGAGCAAACUUGUGCGUUCUCCUGCCACCAACGAACCCCAGCUUUACAUGUCCCUGCACAUUCUACAGAGGGAGCAGACUGUCUGUGGCAUGGGCCAGGAUAUGGGUCCUGGCAAUCAGGCCACAGGGAUGGCUCCAAGACCUAUGAACUCCUCCACUCCCUCCAUGACUCCCCCAACACCAGGCAGUUUGCCAGGCUCGGGGCCUCAGGGCCAAGACACUACCAUCAGCAGCAACAGCACACCUUUCUCCCCUCCAGGCCCUGCUGGCCCCAGAGAACCAGCAGCCAUGGGCCAUAUGCCGGGCUACCGCUUUGGCUGUCCGCCACCACACAACCACACCGGAGGCAUGCAACCUCCACAGCAGGGCCAAAACUGGAGGAUGAACAGCCCUUCACGUGCUAGCCCCAGCCCAGCUGGAGGCCCCCAUCCACCUCAACAGAAUUCUAUGCUGUCACCCAGACACAGAGGCAGUCCUGGGGGGGCAGGCAGUCCCCGUGUAGCAGGCCUGCACUCACCGUCUCCUGUGGGAAUGUGUGGUGGAGGAUCUGGAGGAGCAGGCAAUAGUAGCACCACUAGUGCCCAUGCUAACAACUACACUAGCAGUUCUCUGUCUGCUCUGCAGGCCCUAAGUGAAGGCCAUGGUGUAGGACAUGGGCAUGGACCCCCUCAUACACACACACUAGGGUCUCCAGACCGAAAGCUAGGCUCCCCAGCAGGGGUCACACCUGGAUCAGGGGUAAACUCUCAUCUGAUGUCAAAAAUUGGAGGUGGCAGUGGUGCUGCUGGUGGUACAGGAGACUCAUUUGGCCCUCAUACCGAUGUGGGUCAGGGACACGCACAGAGCCAGACAGAGAGCAACCUAAUUGAGCCCAAGGAGGAGAGGGAAGCGCCGCCUGAUGGUCUUGACCCUCACAGCCGUCUUCAUGACAGCAAGGUUCACACGAAGUUGCUGCAACUACUCACCACCAAGCCAGAGCCUCUAGAGACGCCCCUGUCCCCUGGUGCAGGAGGUGAGGGCAAAGACCAGGCUGGGACAGGGGUCCGGGGUGGCCUCGCGGUAGGAAACACUCAUGCCACAUCCCUCAAAGAAAAACACAAGAUCCUCCACCAACUGCUUCAGAACAGUACAUCUCCUGUAGACCUGGCCAGACUCACUGCAGAGGCCACGGGCAAAGAAGUGGGCCAAGACCAAACCCAGGGAGCUGGUUGUACAGCUUCUGGGUCAGACAUUACUCCGAAGCAGGAGCCAUUGAGCCCUAAGAAGAAGGACAAUGCCCUGCUACGCUACCUACUGGAUAAGGAUGACACUGUACUGAAGGACAAAGUCCCUAAGCUGGAGCCUGGGGAGGUCAAGGUCGAAGGUUGCAAAGCCGCCCAUGUCAAAGCGGAGAAACAAGAUGCAGGAUAUGACCGAGCUGAGCAGUCGUCAGAGCUGGAUGACAUCCUGAACGACCUGCAGAAUGCACAGCCGCAGCUCUUCUGCGAGCGGCCCGUUUCCCAGCCCAGUCCCAUGGACAAACAGAACAUCAUUAAUGACAUCCUCCAAAUGUCCGAGAACAAUCCUGCCAUGGCAGCACAGCAACAACACAGGGGCAUUGGCCCUGGCAUGGGCCCAACGAACUUUGUGGGUGUGCGACCAAACCAGCCAGGCAGGGGUCUUCCUGUGAGAAGUUUGUCUCUGGACAUGAAUGCGUCCCCCCAGCAGCAGUCCCCAUUACAGUAUCCCAUAAGGGCCACAAGUCCAUACACCCUUUUACAGCAGCAACAGCAGCAAGGCAUGGUGGGAGGUCACAGCAUGAUGGCUAACCAGGCCAGUUUGGUCAACGCAGGUCUUAUGGCCCCGGGUGGACCACGGCCUGGCAUACAGCAGGAGGGCUGGGUGGGCCCAGCCUCUGCCCCUCCUCUGGGAGCGUCUGGCCCUGGGCAGCAAGGAGCCAUGCAGGGCAGGAUGGGGCCGAACAGCGCUCCCAUGAGGCCCAACAGCCAGCCAGGACCUCGGCAGAUGCUCCAGUCCCCAAUGAUAUCGAAUGCUCAACCUGAUAUGGACAUGGGCAUGGUUAGCCACCAUUUCUCCCAGCAGCAAGCUCCACCCAACCAAACGGCCCCCUGGCCAGACAGCAUGAUGCCAAUUGACCAGACAGCAUUUGUAAACCAGAAUAGGCACUCGGGACCUCAGGAUGACUUUACAGUACAGUGCAGUACAGGGCUCAGCUCCGGUGAUGGUUCUGGACCAGUAGAUGAGGGGGCCCUUAUGUCCCAACUCUAUUCAGCACUGAAAGAUUUUGAUGGUUUGGAGGAAAUUGACCGUGCCCUCGGGAUCCCAGCUCUGGUAGAACAAAGUCAAUCCCUGGAGCCAGAGCAGUUCCCCCAGGAAUCCUCAAUGAUGCUGGACCAGAAGCCCCCAAUGUACACCCAGCAAUUUGGUCCCCCACCUUCCCAUAUGGCUCAAAGAGGCUAUUCUGGUGGUCCGUUGUCAGAGCCAGGCUUUCACCCCAUGGCUGGCCAGAUGGGUCCACGGCCAGGAUACCCAAUGAUGAGGAUGCAGGCGCGCCCCGGACUAAGGCCCGCUGGGGUCGUCCCCAAUCAGCCCAACACAUUACGGCUGCAACUUCAGCACCGGCUGCAGUCACAGCAGAACCGUCAGCCCAUGAUGACUCAGAUGGGUAGUGUGUCAAAUGUGAACCUACCUCUUAGAGCCAAUGCUCCAAACCAGACUAUCAAUGCUCAGAUGCUGGCACAGCGCCAGCGGGAGCUGCUGAGUAAUCACCUGAGACAGAGACAGCAGCAGCAGGUGCAGCAGGCCCAGCAGGUCCAGCAGCAACGGAGCAUAGCCAUGAGGGGCCCUGGCCUCAACCUGCCUCCCAACAUGGCUGCAGGAGGCAUGAGUAACCCCCGCAUUCCCCAGGCCAACCCCCAGCAGUUUCCCUACCCGCCCAGCUACGGUACCAGUACAGGCCUGGCGUCGCCACCUCCCCCUACCAGCCCCUUCUCCUCCCCGCUCUCUCCCAGCCUGCCUUCUCUCCCCCCCAACCCUCAGCUCCACAUGCAUGGCACCUCCUCCUCUUCCUCCACCUCUUCCUCCUCCUCACAGAUGAUGAUGGGAAACACAAGCAUGAUGGGCGGACAGUACGGGGCCGUACUCAGCCCCCAAAUGCAGCACAGUGCCUUUCAGUUUCCCAACUCAGGUAUGAGCCAACAGGCAGACGGAGGCUUUGGAGGUCCAGGCACACCCCAGAGCCCCCUGCUUUCUCCUCGCAUGGCCCACACACAGUCCCCCAUGAUGCAGCAGGGCCAAGGGAACGCUGCUUUCCAGGGUUCCCCGGACAUGAACGGCUGGCCACAGGGCAACAUGGGAGGCAACAGUAUGUUCUCACAGCAGCAGGCGUCGCCACAGUUCACCCAGCAGAGUAACAGUAACAUGUACAACGGCAAUGGUAUGAACCUCAACAGCGUCUCCAUGGGCAACAACAUGGCAUCUAGCAGCAUGGGCCAGGUGGCUGGACAGAUGAGUGUCACGUCCAUGGCCUCAGGGCCUUCACCCAGCUUGCCCUCCAUGGGGCAAGAACAGAAGUACUGUUGACCCUCAUGGAGUUUCUUAAACCCGAACCUCAGUGAUCAGCUGGUGCAAAGGAGUGCGUCGGCCCAUUGAAAAAGAAAAAAAAAAAUUGUACAAACGCGUCGACCGACCGACAGCCCUCAUUGAACCAGCGAGGUUUCGCCGACCCCUGACCCCCUGCGACCCCCCCCCCCCCAUCUCCCCAGCCAAAAUUUGCUGUCUGUUCCCGCCGUGCCUCUCCAGCAGCGCCGGAGGAGCCCGGCCCCCCUUGAACAGACAACGGGAGGUGUGUGCGUAGAGAGCUGGGGAAGGAUUACGGAUCUGUGUCCAACACGCCCUAACCCUGGUGGAGGAGGAAGAAGAGCCUCGGGAUGAGCCAGUUUGUCUGCCUGUCCGGCUGCAUUCACCGUAGUGUGACUUACUGUACGCCUCCUGGUGGGGGACACUGACUUCAGGGGGGGGGCAGCAGUGGGUGAGAUCCCUCGUUCUGAUGAAUGUAUUCCUCUCAGUGGACAGCGGCCAUUUACAAUCUCAUCUCAAGAAAGACAUACACUGAUUUUCUUUUUUUCUUUCUUUCUGUCUUUCUUUGAUGUCCUUCUUUUCUCACACAAUUUCCACAUAGAUCCUAAAAAUGGCAGCAAAGACUCCCAAGUCAUGUUCGCGAUUAAGGACGGAGCUGAAACACUUGGCCGGUUUUGCCUUUUUGCUGUUCUUUAUUUUAUUAUUAUUAUUAUUAUUAUUAUUAUUAUUAUUAUUAUUGUUAUUGUUGUUAUUAUUUUUAGUUGUUUCUUUAUGUGAGAAAUAAGAUGGUUGAAAAAACUGAUCUUGAAAAACACUGCGGAGUAAUGGUUUGAGCGGAACUGGUGAUUUGUAUGAUUAGACUAAUUUAGUCAAGAGGUUUCUAUAGUGUAUUAUUAAAUUAAGUUUUAUUUUUCUGUAUAGAUUCAUUUUAAUUAUUGUAGAUGAUCCUUUAUCCUGGUAGCAACAAGAAAAAAAUAUUUCCGGAAAGUGCGGACGAGGCACUUUUUUAUAUGAUUUUAACAGUGAUGGUUGUAUUCUUUCUGAGAAGAUUCUUCUAUUAAUAACCUGAGUCAUGGAUGAUGA